AUGGAGGCCAACUCCCACCCUGUCCAUUUCCUGAAUGUGGCUCACACUUAUGUUCCCAGUGCCAAUGUGGAAUGUCACUACACCCUGCCAGCUGGCAUGAAGGGCUCCACCAGGGACUGGAUUGGAAUCUUCAAAGUAAGCGGCUCCUCUAUACAUGACUAUGACACUUUUGUCUGGGCAGCCUCUUCAGAAUCUUCUGUGGAAGAAUCAAUAUCUCAUUGCAGUGUGCAGUUUCAAGCCUACUAUCUUCCACACCCCGGUGAACAGCAGUACCAGUUUCGCUAUGUGGAUCAGCAUGGAACUGUGAAAGGCAUUAGUGAACCUUUUGUGAUCAGUGAGCCACGACCAAUGGAAGACCUGGUCACCUUGGAGGAUGAAGAGACUUCUCUGGACAUGAUUUUGGUUGUACCGAAAUCUGCUUUCCUACAGCAACAGCUGGAGUUCUCUCAGCAGGAGAGGAAUGACCUUAUGAGGGUUAGGCUCACACUGGAAGAGGUGGUGAGCACUCUGAAGAAGAAAGUCCAGCACCUGGAGGCUGCUCUGGAGGCUUCAGACAGUAAACAUUCAAAGCUACACCAACAGUAUCAGGAACUUUUUGAAAAAGAGCAGACGGCAAGGAAAGAACUUGAUGCCCUGAGCAAAAACGAGGUUGAGCACCGAGAAAGGAUUCUGCAACUUGAGAGUGAAGUCCAGAUCAUGAAUCAGAACCUGCUUGAAAAAGAGAAAGAGACAGACAUCCUGAAGACAAGAAAAGAGUCACUAGAGGCAGAAAAGGAGGAGCUGAAAGAGCGACUUGCAGAGACCUCUUCAGAAACGGAGCGUUCCAAGUUGCAGAUAGAUACUCUGCGUGAGAAGCUGCGGUGCACACAGGAUAUUCUCUCAGCCAGUCAGCAGAAAGUGAUGCUGUUAGGGGAGGAGUUAGCUACGGUCUCUUCUAUUCGAGAUCGGACCAUCUCUGACCUGCACAAAAGCCGCCUCGAGACAGCUGACCUUGCCCUCAAAGUGUCCGACUUAAGUCUCCGAUAUAAAGAAGGAAUGGGGCAGUGGUGGCAAGAGAAGACAGCUCUGAACCACAGCAUGGAGGCCAAGAGAGAUCAGAUUGUGAAUCUGAAAGCAGAAAAGCUGACUUUGGAAAGCAACUUGCAAGAAGAGAGGAGCCAACGACAGAAACUUCAAUGUAAACUAAACCAGGAGAAAGAUGCAUGUCAGGUUCAGAUAUCAGAAAGCAGACGAGAGUUAAGUGAGUUGAAAUCGGCUCUGAAAGUUGCACAGAUGGAAAAGGAACAAUUAAGAGAAGAAAAACAGGAGAUGAUUCAGUAUAUGAGGAGACUGGAGGAAAGGCUGGACAAGCUUGCUGAUGAAAAGUGGAGAGAAGACAAAGUGGAUAAAGAGGAAAGCAGUCCUAGACGUACAUCUCUUUUGCCAGUUGCUUUGCCAGAGUCAGAUGAAGAGUCCUCUGAAAACAAGAGAUUUCCUGUGCAUGAAGACCCCUUUACAGUGAGUGAGCAGAUCUCUUCCAUCUUACCAGCGUUCCCUCGAGAGUCUUUGAAGGUGGUGAUUAAUCAGCCAGCACCCAUUGCAUGUCAGCUACAGCCAUUGCCUGAGGACAACCCUGACUCUGUAAGUUGCAUAUCUAGUACAGCAUAA